AUGUUGUAUAAAGGGCUGGUAACAAGGUCGAAAAGUGAAUUUCUUUAUGUGUGGUCGAAAAGUCUUGGUGGAGAAGCUACCUUGGAUAAAAGAUUGGUACCUCCGAAUGAAUGGUUGCCAUCAGUUGGUGAUUGGAUUGUCUUCAGCAUUAAGCGUGGCAGCAGUUUUGUUGAUGAUUUUAUUGAUAUUCCAAAUUUAUUGCCGACAAAAUUAAAUGAACAUGGACAUGUUGUGGUCAAGACGAAAAUCUCAUGUCGUUCCAAUGGUGCUUCUGGUUGUAAUUUGUUAGCUCAUUCAAAUGAUUUAGGAGUUAUUGGAAUAUUCCAAAAUUUCCCGAAUUUGGAUGAAAACUAUGAUUAUAAUGUGUGGGUUGAAAGAAUUCCGCAUGCGCUUUCAAAUCUUGAACACUUAUACAAAACGUUCUGGUAUAUUGGCGAAGAACCUCCCGAGCAAAUAGUGAAAGCAUCUUUGGAACGUUUUUCAUCAGUACAUAGUCUUCCAUCAGGAUAUAACGCAUCGAUGAAAUUGUCGAACAGUACAUUCGAGGAUAAUUGUUCUGAUGUUACUACAUAUACCACUAGAAAUUCAUUCAGUAGCGGUGACUUUGAUUCCAGUGAACUGCAAGAACAUAAUCAGUUACGCCAACGAACCAAUACGCAGCAGUCAUAUUUUAGCAAAGAACAAUUUUUUGACUUUCAAUCAUCUACUUCAGCAGAAGGAGCAGAGGUAGAAGAAAAGAUGAAUAAAUGUAAAACAGUUAUUGGUUUGAUAACAUCCUCUUUUAAUGGAAGAGCUUUUGUUUGGUCAUCAGUACUUGGUAGAGGUGUGAUUUCCUUGUAUUUUGAUGAGCGCAUAUCACAUGGUGAAUGGAUUAAAUUUAUACCAUCCCCUGUGAAUGAUAUAUGUUUGAAAGGAGAGAAUGAAUUAGGAAGAUGUAAAUAUAUUGCAAAAGACUGGUGCGUCAUCAAUCCAAUUUAUCCUACACGACCGUACAGGACUAUCGUUUCGGUACAAGUGAGGCUUUUUAUACCAGAAAGUUAUCAACAUGGUUCAUCAAAUUUGUGGGCCGAAUUUUUUGGCACAGUUUAUGAUUCGUUGGGACGAAUUGCCGAAUUUGGUCCUUUAAAUAACAUUUUAGGACGAUGUCUUCUGGUUCGAAUAAUGGAAAUGAAAAGUGAUUGUGACACCAUCAGUAAUUGGGUUGUACAUAAAGUUUUACAAGUUUUUGAGAAUAAGGAGUCAUUGCCCAGUCUAAAAUCUCUAUCAUUUGCUGCUGAUGCUUUGAGAUAUAUGAAUGAAAAUUUGCGUAUCCGUACUGCAAUGAAAAAAGUAGACUGGAAGCUGGUCAAUCAGGUGAGAGAACCGCAUCUUCUUUCAGAUGACGUUUUAGAACAUCGGCAUUAA